AUGGUGGUGUAUGAUGAUAUGCGCACACAAAUAAGUAAUGCUGAGAAAGUAUUUCUUGAGAAACUCAGUGAGAAGGAAUAUUGGGAAGAGUACAAGAAUGUAGGAAGCAAACAACAUGCUAAACUCAUCACUUCUUUACAAAAUGACAUCAGUACAGUUAAAGACAAUGCAGAGAAAAUGUCAGAAACAGCAAGAACUUCAAAAAGCCACUCAGGAGCAAUAUGCAGAGGGGAAGAUGAGAGGGUCUGCCCCAGAAAAGAUGACAUCUGGUCUGCAAAAGAUUCGAAGUCACCUAGAAAUGAAGAUGGUAGCAGUACCAGUGAGACACCUCAGCCUCCUUGGAAGAAAAUGGCCCUGGUCGAUCCUACUGUUGAAAAUGAGGAAACAUUUAUGAACAGAAUUGAAGUUAAAGUAAAGAUUCCUGAAGAGCUAAAACCACGGCUUGUUGAUGACUGGGACUUAUUUACCAAGCAAAGACAGCUCUUUUAUCUUCCUGCCAAGAAGAAUGUGGACUACAUUCUAGAGGAUUAUGCAAACUACAAGAAAUCUCAAGGAAACACAGAUAAUAAGGAGUAUGCUGUUAAUGAAGUUGUGGCAGAGAUGAAAGAAUACUUCAAUGUAAUGUUGGGCACUCAGCUACUCGGCAAGUUUGAGAGACUUCAGUAUGCUGAAAUCCUUGCAGAUCACCCUGAUGCACCCAUGUUCCAGGUCUCCAGCUCCACAUUCCUGUCUGCCUCUAACCCUUGUCAUCUGUGGCUGCUGCCUGCCUUCCUGUGAUCAUGUCUAAUCUCUGCCAGCUGUUGCUGGCGACUAUAUCUUACCCAAGCGGCUGGACUGGAAGAGCCACCUAAAGAAAUGCCUUUGGAGUUGUCAGAGACAUAUAUAGGAGAGAAGUCAAAAUUGCAACCCAUAGAAAUGGAAAGCUCACCACUUAGCAGUGCCUUUCAUCUUAGUACCGAAGAUAGCGUCAGAGAUGUUCGAUAUGUGAAGAUAGAUGCGGAGAGCUCAAGCACAGAGUUUGGGGGCCCUGAUACGAAAUACUUACUAUAUGAGGAUGAGCAGGAUUUCAAGGAUUAUGUAAAAUUGGGGCCCCUGGAAGUGAAGCUCAUGAGUGUGCAGAGCAAGAAAAUGCCCAUUCAUUCUCAAGAGAAGGAAAUGCCAGUAAAAUUUGAUGAAGAUGUCAGGAGCCCAGAAAGCCUCAUCACAUAUAAGAUGAUGAAGUCUUUUCAAUAUGAUUGA